UUUUAUUCUAGUCUAUUCUACCCCACUGGAGCUCUACAGAUCCCCAUUAAAGCGCUCAAGAAAAUGGUCAUGACUGGAGUUCCAAUGUUAGGAUUUUUCAUCACAGUUCUCCUGGUGAACCUUCAGGAAUUGUGGGCUAUCAAAGAGGAUCAUGUGAUCAUCCAGGCCGAGUUCUAUAUGACUCCACACCCAUCAGGCGAAUUUAUGUUCGACUUUGAUGGUGAUGAGAUUUUCCAUGUGGAUAUGGAAAAGAGGGAGACGGUCUGGCGGCUUAAAGAGUUCGGUGAUUUUGCCAGCUUUGAGGCUCAAGGUGCAUUGGCUAAUAUAGCUGUGGAGAAAGCCAACCUGGACAUCAUGAUAAAGCGCUCCAACCACACCCCAAACACUAAUGAACCCCCGGAAGUGACUGUGUUCCCAAACAACCCUGUGGAACUGGGAGAACCCAAUGUCCUCAUCUGUUUCAUCGACAAGUUCUCCCCACCAGUAGUCAAUGUCACGUGGCUUCAAAAUGGAAAACCUGUCACAACCGGAGUGUCAGAGACAGUCUUCCUGCCCAGGGAGGACCACCUUUUCCGCAAGUUUUACUAUCUCCCCUUCCUGCCCUCAACUGAGGACGUCUAUGACUGCAAGGUGGAGCACUGGGGUUUGGAUGAACCUCUCCUCAAGCACUGGGAGUUUGAAGCGCGAACUCCCCUCCCAGAGACAACAGAAAAUGUGGUGUGUGGCCUGGGCCUGGUUGUGGGUCUGGUGGGCAUCAUUGUUGGGACCAUCUUCAUCAUCAAGGGCGUGCGCAAAGGCAAUGCUGCUGAACGCCAAGGUCCACUGUGAGGCACUUGCAGGUAAUGGGCUUCCUUAGAGAGAAGAUCAAUGAAGAGAUGUCUGCUUUAAUAUCUUUACAAACCUGGCAAUUCUCCAAUUGUUCACCUCUGUGAAGACACCAUUCUUCAGCACUUUCCAGCUGCCUAGUCAUGCUAGGAGUGGUGAUGCCUUUUCAACCUCUCCAUAUUCUAUCACCUAUUUGGGUGUCCCUGUUCAUUAUCUUUUUGCUAUUAGCAUGCAACACCUCUUCGAUAGGCCCCAUAAGAUCCAUUCUUUGCUACGGUAACUUUCAGAAGUUCUAUGGGAAUUUAUUGCUUGGGGUUUCUUCAAACAGUGAUUGUGAUUUUUCUGAAUACAGUAAACCAUUGGAUGGAUCUUAGGUGGUUUUUUGUGUACUUCACAACAGCUGGGGAAUAUGUAAACCUUUCAUCCUCUGUAAUUAAUAAAAAAUAUCCAGGUUCAUUAGAGUGUGGCCUCCCUCAGAGGAUCUGUAAGCCAUCCAGUGGCUGUGUGCCAGGUCUCACGUGGACAUCUCUAGAGUGAGAUUUAUUGAGAGGUUUCUACAAGCAACCAGUUCAGAGUUUGGUUUUUGUUCUUGAGCCCCCAAGUCAGUAAAAUAUCUGGAUCUUCAGUAGAAUGAAUCUGAAAGCCUAAGGUUUGGCCUCUGAUAAUAUGAGACAGGUGGUGGGGAGAUGAGGUAGAGUGGAGCACAGAAAAGAGGAGGAUCCACAUACAUUACAGAAUUUACAUAUCGGCAUCACCCAUUCCAGACUUGAUAAGGAAUGAGAUUAGACAUUGAGGAUUUUAUUUAGAUAGACAUGGAUCCCUGUAUCAUUCCCAGGAGAAUGGCCUGACUUAUUCUUGGAACUGUCUUAUAUUUGUAGAUGUGAUCGUGAGUGGAAAAACUAGGUAAAGUGUUGGGGGAAUAUGAUAUUAAACAGGAGAAAAGAAUGUUUAAGACACAGUGACACAGAUAAACUGUUCAUUUAUUUGUGAAACUAUUACUUGAUAUUUACUUCUAAAAUGGUUAUCAGAACCUACCCCAAAUCAUGAAUACUGAUAAUUCAUAACAACGUGGUAGACUGGCAUGAAAGGGUUUCUGAAAUGAGUUAGACUUGGGCUGCAUCUUGAUUCUAUCAUUUACUAUCUAAGUAUCUAUUGUUAUCUUUUAAAAUUAAAUUUAUUGGGGUGAAUUGGACAAUAAGAUUAUAUAGGUUUCAAAUGUACAUUUCCAUGAUACAUGAUUUGUAUAUUGCCUUGUAUGCCCACCACUCAGAGUCAAAUCAUCUUCUGUCACCAUAUAUUUGACCCCCUUUUCCCAUUGGUAUCUUACCAAAAGGAGAAAUUUAUUAAAGUAAUAAUAGAGACGGUUCUUAUAUCUUGGUAGCCUACAUUAGCAAACCCAAACCUAAGUCAGAAUCAAGUCCUAUAAAUGCACUUGUAUCACAGAAGAUGAAAUUUAAGAACAAUCACUCACAAACAGCCAACUAAGCUUUCCCAAGUAAGGCAGCCACUUAUGCCAUGGCUAAUCAAAUCAUUUCCUUGCUUUGCUCCUUUCUCUUUUCUAUAAAAGACUUUCCCCCAGCUCCUGUUGGCAAAGCAUUCUUAACCACUUUCAGUUUGAUGCUACCAGAUUUAAAUCAAUUU